AUGCCCGACAACUUGGACCAAUCGCAAGCCCAUCUAUUAUCCCAAUCCGAUUCCCAGACCAACUUGGGCAGCAGCAGCAUGUCCACCACCAACGACAUCAAACAACACCGCCGCUACUCAUGCUGGUGCCGCUUCUUCCUCGUCACGCAAGUCGUGCUGCAGACUGUGUAUCUGGGGUUGAACUACUGGACAAACGGGCAUCUGACGGUUUUGCAAAUGACGACGGCGGGGUUGUAUAUUCUGGGGGCGGCGCUUAUGGAGGUUGAUUUGAGGAGGAAGGAGAGGGAGUUUUGGAAUAUUGUGGAGAAUGGGGGGAAGAAGGAUGUCGAGAAGGGGAGGCUGGCUUGGGAGGAGAAGGAGGUGAAGGAGGAGGGGAGGGUUGAUGAGAAGACGGGGUUUUUGAGCGAGGGAGCGGAAGGGGGAGAGGAGAGAUACAAGGGCCGGGAUGAUGGUAAAGAGGAGGUGGAAGUAAAGGUGGAAGAGAUGAAGGAGGGCUCUGAGAUGUGA